AAAAUGGGUAAAGGCGUCUUUCGGUGUGUAGAAUGCAACGAGAGGACGGCGGAGCUGCACCGGGACUACAGCAACGGGAUCCUGAAGAUCACCGUCUGUGGGAGUUGCCAUAAACCAGUUGAUAAGUACAUCGAAUACGACCCAGUUAUCAUCCUGAUCGACGCCAUUCUGUGCAAGACACAGGCAUUCCGGCACAUCCUCUUCAACACUAACCUGAAUAUUCAUUGGAAGUUGUGUGUGUUCUGCCUGCUGUGUGAGGCCUACCUCCGCUGGUCUCUUCUGCAGGGCUCUGAGCCGAGCGGCGACCCUGCCGACAUCAUCCGAUACACCAGGGAAUGGGACUUCUACUGCAUGUUUGGAUUGGCUGCCCUAGAGCUGUCAGCAUUCUGCGGCGGUGUGUUGUUGUUCCUUUGGCUGGCGGUGCAUUGUCUCCAGGGUGCAGAGCUGGAGCUCGGCUUGCUACUUCGAGCCCUGCUGCUGUCCUGCUAUGGCAAGGUCCUCCUCAUCCCGGCUGUCAUCUGGGACCACGACUACUCCCCGCUCUGCCUCGGCCUCAUCAAAUUGUUUGUCCUGACCUCCAACUCGCAGGCUAUCAGAGUCAUCCUGAACAGCCGGAGACAUCUGUCCCUGAUGGCGGUGGGGGUGGGCUUGCUGUCAGAGACCUGCAUGGCCCGGGCCUUUUGAGCGGCUUCCAUUAGAGCAUCAAGGACAUCCUGCUAUCUGACUCGCUGCACCAAACGUCCCUUUCGCCAUCUUGGAUGGAGGAAAAAGGGAAGGCCGGCCCAGAGAUGUGACCCUGGAGGUCGAUCCAAACAGAGCGGUGCAGUUUUGGCAUAAGCAGGGCAGUGUUUUUAAUCAGUGUUUUAUACGAGGAGGUGGAAGACACCCAAGAAAAGGCAAGGUCUGAGUUUCGCAGCACCCGGAGGGCUUCAAACGCGAUGCGUGACAGCAGAGAAGGUCCUGUGGCUUUUACUCCUCGGAU